UUUGUGAACAGGAAGUUCGCGAUAUUCGGGCGCUGCCGACCUCGGUAAAUUAUCGGCAAGAUACUGCAGCUUUUCCCUCCUGCCUAUUUCUACCUUGUACAACAUGAUCUUGAAAAAUAAAAAGUCAAGCACAUACACUUUCAAAUUCUCUUCUACAUAUUGAAUAACUUUCAUUCAUAUUUCUCAUUAAGAUACUAAAUAUGGCCCCUUCUCCAGUGACAGUAAGUCUAAGAGAUCUACAAAGUGGUAUGUCUCGACGUUAUAGAUUCUUCCCGCCUUGGCUGAUUUGAUACUGCAGGCAAUGUUUCCUUCUCAACCCUUGAGGAGGCGUUCGGUCCUGAAUCUCUAGGCAUUAUACUGGUCAAAGAUGUUCCCGAGAUAUUUGUAGAGUUGAGACAUAGUUUGCUCUCAUAUUCAUCUUAUCUCGGAAACUUGCCAGAAGUUCAACUUGGUCAGUACCAUAAUUACUCUUGAAGGCAACCGACAAGGUCUGAUGUCUAAUAGAGAAGCUCGAAAAUGCUGCUGCAAAAUAUCUUACUGGUUGGUCCCGUGGGAAGGAGACUCUCAAAAAUGGCCAAGUGGACACGCUCAAAGGAUCAUACUAUGCGAAUUGUGCAUUUUACGUCGACCCAUCUCUUUCGUGCGCAGUGCCUACCUCUGAAUUUUCACCAGAAAAUUUCCCCGAAUACCUCAGUCCAAAUUUAUGGCCAGCAGAAAACGUAUUGCCCAGUUUCCAGAAUACAUUUGAAAGAUUGUGUCGCAUUAUCAUUGACACUGGUGUCCUUGUCGCUCGGGCUUGUGACAAAUAUGCAGAGAAGGAGAUUCCUGACUAUAAACGUGGAUACCUUGAGCAUGUUGUGAAAACUUCAACCACAACCAAAGCGCGAUUACUGCAUUAUUUCCCGGCAGAAGCGAAGGAAUAUUCGGAGAAUCUAGACGAUGAUUGGUGUGCAACACAUCUAGAUCAUGGCUGUCUAACCGGUCUUACAUCUGCUAUGUUCAUCAACGAGUCUCGCAAUCCGCCAGUGAUUCCAGUAUCCUACACAUCUCGUCCAACCGCUUUAAGCCCAUUGAACGAGCUUCCUGCAUCUCCGGAUCCAACCGCUGGACUUUAUAUUCAGUCUCGAAGUGGUGAAACCGUUCAGAUUAAAAUCCCUAAGGAUUGCAUCGCAUUCCAGACGGGGGAAGCUCUCGAGAGAAUCACUCAAGGUAAAUUCAAGGCAGUUCCGCACUACGUGAGAGGUGUGCGACCAGGUAUUGCAGAUGGCGAAAACGAAGGAGGGAGAAUCGCGAGAAAUACUAUAGCCGUGUUUACUCAACCUAAUUUGGACGAGAUUGUAGACUCGGAUAUGGGUAUUACUUUCGGCGAAUUCGCCAGAGGGGUAGUAGAGAAAAACACUACGAAGUGAGGUAAUGAUAAGAGAUUUAUUCACCAAUUUAUACGACAUACCGAGUACCGUCUUUUCCGUAUCUAAAAUUACUCGCGAUAUGCUCAAAUCUCUUAGCGAGGAAGUAUUGCGAUAUUGAGGGGGCGAAGCGCAGGAAGUCCAAACCUGAAAAGCAUCUUUUGUCUCCCAAUUUGUGUCGUAUUAAGUUUGCUCCCAGGAAUGAAAAGAAUA